AUCAGCACUAUAAUGAUUUUGCGAUACAUUUUGAGCUUCCUGUGUUUUACUUUAAAGCAAUUUAUCAGAAAAAAGAGAUUUUCUGCUAAUUUUCUCUGUGAAACUUGCUUUCACUCCCUAUUUACAUGUUCUUCUCAGAGUAUCUCUGCAAAUUUUUUUUUUUUAUAUUAAUGGAACGGGAAAUCCUUCUAAUUUAUUGUCCCUACCUUGGUUUAUUGUGUGAAAGACAAACGUAUAAAGAUACAUUUUCAUCUUUUUGGUAAAAACUGUUGGGAUUUUAGCUUUCCGUACCUGCUUUUUUUAAGUGCCCUGAAAUUAUUGAUUUUCCAUUAUUUCGGGUUUCUCAUUUUGGAUCCAGGCAUUUGAUUAGUAUUUACUGCAAAUAUCGAGACAUGCAACUAAUAACUUUUUCAACGUGAUAUUUUUCUACGAUUUUAAGUUUUGAGGAAUUCAUAAUUUUUGGGGGUUCUUAUGGUACUAGCAAUUCCUUACUAGCAUUUAAUUUUCUACAAAAGUUUUUACUUUUUGUGGUUCAGAUAACAGAGAAAAGUUUUGUUUUGUUACCAAACCUGGCAUUUUCCCCCUUGAAUCAUGAUUUUCGGAUCUAUGUUCUGAGAUUUUUUCUGGCAAUAGUAAUAAUGAGCGCUUGAAAAUUUAGAGAUUUGGGUUUCUUUAGUGAGAGAAGAAAAUUUAAUUUUCUUUUAAACAUUAGUUAAGUAUCCUUAAAAGGAAGUUAUACUGAGAAGCAUUUACCAUCCUUAUUUUCUGUCUGUCUUCUUGUUUCUAGAAAGUUAUUUUCAUUUAACAUAAACAACUGGACACUCUUGAUUUAUGUAUAGGAGUGAAGCUGCUAUGAUCUGUGAAAGCAUAGUGAAAAAAGAUUCUGCAACAUCAUCAGUCUCUUCAUGAAGGAGGAAAAAAAGUUCACUGUGAGGUGCAAUAUAAAUGCAUGGAUGGGAGGGAAGCCAUGGCGUUAUCAGGUUCCUCUCCAUAUUACAUGCACAGAGGGAUAAGUGGAAUUCAUGGGCAAGCAGGCGUGAGGCCCAUAUCGAAUACUAACCCAAAUUUGAGUGCGCAAUCUGGUGGUAUUAGUAGUAGUGGAGGUGGGUCAAAUUUACCAAUUGAUUCUUCUUCGAAUAUGGGUAUGCCUACUGGUAUGGCAAAUGUUGAACCUGUUAGAAGAAAGAGGGGGAGGCCUCGAAAGUAUGGUCCAGAUGGGAGUGUAGCAUUGGCAUUGUCUCCAUUAUCCUCUUCCGCUCCUGGCCCUGUUGGCCCGCUUCAGAAGCGGGGUAGAGGGCGGCCACCUGGUUCUGGGAAGAAACAGCAGUUGGCUUCUCUUGGGGAAUGGCUUGCAAACUCUGCUGGAAUGGCUUUCACUCCACAUAUCAUAACAAUCUCAAUCGGAGAGGAUAUUGCAUCAAAAAUUAUGUCAUUUUCACAGCAGGGGCCCAGGGCUGUUUGUAUCCUUUCAGCUAAUGGUGCUGUGUCUACGGUCACGCUUCGUCAGCCCUCGACAUCUGGUGGCACUGUGACGUAUGAGGGUCGUUUCGAGAUACUAUGCUUGUCUGGAUCCUAUAUGCUUACAGAGAGUGGUGGGUCCCGUAACCGAACGGGUGGGUUGAGUGUGUCCCUUGCUAGCCCUGAUGGGCGAGUCGUCGGUGGUGGGGUUGCUGGAUUGCUUUUGGCUGCGAGCCCUGUCCAGGUAAUAGUUGGUAGUUUCAUAUAUGGUCGGAAAUCCCAACCCAAGUCCCCAAGCACUGAACCCCUCAGGCAAGGCAGGCCUGGUGGCACACCAGGUUCUGGAAUAUCUGGUCAAGAUUCAGGCAUGGGAGCCGGAGCUUCGAUAAGCCCAUUGAGUCAGAACCCAAUGCAAAAUCCACCUUCAGGGUGGCCUGGCUCCCAAUCAAUGGACCUUCGAAACACUGAUAUUAACAUCGAUUUGACACGAGGAUGAAUAUGCUGGAUAACAAUGACAAUCUCUUUUUUCUCAUGAAGAAAUUGGACAGUAGAGGCGGUAUGUUCAAGCUGUUUCGAAGUAAUCUCAUGGACUAUGGAGUUGGCAACUUUGACCAAAAGAGUUCUAGAAAAGCAUGGUUGAAUUUGUUUGCGGGGUGGGGGGGAACUUUUCGAUUCCCUUUUUGUCCCUGGAAGCACUCGGUAGUUUGCUUAUAUAAUUAUGUCUAAUACAACAUUUAUUGCUUUUUAGUUGGGUGAGUUGGGAUUUGAGUCUUGGACCUCUUAGCUGCAGCCUUUGUGCCCUGGACAUGGCAAAGGCAAGAACCUUGUAUCAGUGAAACGGCUUGCCUUUUAUUGCGUGGGGUUGCGAACAGCAGUGGCACUCCUGUACAAUGCUUGCAAUGCAUUUAAGGUAUCGACACAAGGUAUGUGAUUUGUCUUUGUUAGGAGAAAAUUAGGGUGUUGUUGGGAAUAGGUGUCAAUUGGGAAGAGAAAAGUGGCCAAGGAUUAGGUUUAGAGGGGGGGGGGGGCGGGGGGCUGUUUAAUGUUUCUUGAGUUCAACGUUCUUGUUCAAAGUUAAUGUUAAAAAAAUGACUCAAAAGUGUAUAAGCCAAAGUGGUGGGCAUUUUUUCUUCUCUUUUUUUUUUUUUUUGUGUUUGAAAAUGUAUGUGGUUCGGGUUGGGAUUGGGUUUGAGGAGUUGGCUUUUUUUCUUCUCUUCUUGAUUUACAUAUUGGCUAUGCCUGCUUUAUCAUAUGGGUGGGGCUUUCCCUUCGUAACUUAAGCAAAACACUAUGAACUUUUAAGCAGCAUGGAUACAUAUAAUACACAGUUAGGGCUUUCUCCUUGUUAUAUGGGAGAGACAUUGUGAUCAAGGUGCAGCAGAUCUGUUGUAGCAACCAUUAAAUUCUCCCAUACUUGUUUUGUUCAAGGAAAAGUUCAUUGAAUUCUGGGUUGUAUUAUAUUAGGAAACUUAUGUACCUGCCAGCUCAUGGGUCCAUAUAUUUCUAUUACGCAUGUGCUAAUGCGUGAAUCUAUAUUUAGGAUUUGAAUCCCGCCCUCA